GCAGCGCCGGGGACCAGCAUGAAUCUGCAGCAGCUGCAGCAGCAGGCGCGUAAGAGGCAGCUGGAGGGAGUGCUGAGCAAAUACACCAACCUGAUCCAAGGCUGGCAGAACAGGUACUUCGUGUUAGAUCCGGAGUUGGGACAGCUGCAGUACUUUGUCAAUGAGCAGGGGAAGAGCCAGAGGCCCCGUGGAUCCCUCCCUCUGCUGGGCGCCUCUGUAACCCCGAGUGAUGAGGCUCCACACAUGUUCAUUGUAAACUCUGUCAACGGAGAGAUGUACAAACUCAGAGCCUCCAAUGCCAAGGAGCAGCAGUUUUGGAUCAGUCAACUCCAGGCGUGUGCCAGGCGUCACUCUGACAGCAGUACCAAGGUGAGGAAGCUGAAGGGCUCAGAUGAGCACCUGACUGUGGAGAGAGCAGGAGGAGGUCACGAGGUCCUGGGCUCCUCAUCCUCUGGUCGGACCCGUAGCUUCUCCCUCCUCCCCCACCUAACCCCAUCUUCAUCCCCGGGUUCCCAGAGGCACCUGGGCCACACGACCUCACCCAGCAACAUAGUCACCAUCACCCACCACAAAUCUCCAUCCGCAGCUCGGCGGGCCAAGAGCCAGUACCCAGGACGGCUGCUGGAAGUCAAAGAGGUGAUGUCCCAAGCAGAGGGCCAGCAGAAGAACCUGGUCCAGUCCAUUGACUCUCUACCCACCAGAGGCCCCCUCUCCUGCCUGGACCAGGACCUGCUGCUGCUCAAAGCCACGUCAGCCGCCACCCUCAGCUGCCUGGGAGAGUGCUUGAACAUCCUCCAACAGAGCCACAGCCAGGCGCCGCCGCACUCCCAGGCCUCACAGCGCUACCGCUCCACCCAUGGAGCCCCCUCUGAUGGUGCUCCUGUGUGGACAGUACCAAAGUCACCGUCAGGGGAGCAGUUGGAGAACGGAGGUCUGACUCCUCUGCGAUCAGCUGAACCCUCCCCUGCCCUCAGGAAAAGGAAUCUGCUCCAUGGUGCUGAGCACUACCCAGGGCUAGACGACAUCAGCCCCAGUGAAGAGGUAACGGAUACGGAGGACAAUGAGGAAGAGGACCUGGGUGUCCUAGACGACCAGCGGAGCGUCAUUCUCCAUCUGCUCUCCCAGCUCAAACUGGGCAUGGACCUCACACGGGUGGUGUUGCCUACCUUCAUUCUGGAAAAGCGAUCACUGUUGGAGAUGUAUGCCAACUUCAUGGCCCACCCUGACAUGUUCCUGUCAAUCACAGCUGGGGCCACAGCUGAGGACCGAAUAGUCCGCUUUGUGGAGUACUACCUGACCGCCUUCCACGAGGGGCGCAAAGGUGCCGUGGCCAAGAAGCCCUAUAACCCCGUGCUGGGGGAGACGUUCCACUGUUCCUGGGAAGUGCCUCGGGACAAAGUCAAACCAUUGGUCAGAACAAACCUGGGAUCGACUCAGGAGCCAAGCAAGGGCGAUGAUUCACUGGGAGGCUGCUACAGAGUUCGAUUUGUGGCCGAGCAGGUGUCCCAUCAUCCACCAGUGUCGGGGUUUUACUGCGAGUCCCAGGAGAGGAGGAUGUGCGUCAAUGCCCAUGUAUGGACCAAGAGCAAAUUCAUGGGCAUGUCUAUAGGAGUGUCCAUGGUGGGAGAAGGAGUCCUGUAUCUCUUGGAACACGACGAGGAGUACGUCUUCACGUUGCCUUGUGCCUACGCCCGCUCUAUCCUCACUGUGCCCUGGGUGGAGCUAGGAGGCAAAGUCUCCAUCAACUGUGUCAAGAGCGGCUACUCUGCCACAGUCACCUUUCACACCAAGCCUUUCUAUGGAGGGAAGGUACAUAGAGUGACAGCAGAAGUCAAACACAACCUGACCAACACCAUUGUAUGCAAAGCCCAGGGCGAGUGGAACGGUACGCUGGAGUUUACCUACAGCAGCGGGGAAACCAAAGUGAUUGACACGGCCAAACUUCCAAUCACCAGGAAGAAGCUGCGGCCUGUGGAGAAGCAGGGGAGGACAGAAUCCAGGAGGUUAUGGCAACACGUCACCAAGUCGCUGAAGGACGGGAACAUCGACGAGGCCACGGAGCACAAACACAGGCUGGAGGAGCGACAGAGAGGGGAGGAGAGGCAGAGAGCAGCUGAUAACAAACCCUGGACUCCCAAGUACUUCACUAAAGAGGGAGACGGUUGGAUCUACAACAACCCGCUGUGGAAGUCGACCUGACAGCACAGCAACACCCUCUGCUCAUGGACAAUAACAGAGUUCCUGCCUCCGCACGCCGAGGACUGAGAUCAGGAGGUGGGACCGUGGGAACGUCGUCCUCCACCAACAGGAGCUACAGACUGAAUGACAGAAACAGGAAACAAGCAAGGUGCCAAAGGGAUCUCCACCGUAUUAACUAAGGAAGGGUUUGGGACUCUUGGGACAGAAGUACAUUUUUAUAUAUGCUUAGUAGUAUUACUAUUCAGAGUCCAGUAUUUCUAUUUUUCACCUUGCAGAGGCUUCUUCUUUUGCACACAGAGUAAUGACGUUUGUCACUGGUGGGUUAUUUUUUAUGUUUUCUCAAACAUUCCCAGUGUUUAGUUCGAAGCUUUUUGUUUGUCAUGCAGCAUUUAGAAUGAAUCGAGUUCUAUGUAACACACAAUACUGUAGCUGUAAACCAGCUGUUUAUAAAGCACUUUUACCAUAGAAAUAAAUGUAUUUUAUAUCUAUGGCUUUUACCAAUCAGGGUGGUCUUUAAGAGAUUUAUGAGGCACCUAAAAUGACCUAAAUAUACUAUAUUAGGUCAUGUGUUAGUAUAGAUUGUUACACAGUACAUUACAGUGAACCACUAAAAAGUAAAGGUCUUGAUUGUUUUGUCUGGACUAUGAAUGUAUCUUGGUACAUUUUAUUAAGAUGCUUCCCAGUUUAAUAAUGGUUAGACUACACAUGCUUUUUGUGUUGUACCUGUUAAUUAUUUUGCCACGUCGCCCCAGCCUGUGCCUCCUGAAGGAAAUACUUCUCCACAGGUCACCCAUGGUGAUGAAUAUGGAUGAGGAGGCUCGCAGGAACACACAAGCACGUUCUCGCAUCUGGGGGUCGCUGAAGGUUGCCUCUGUAAAGAUGAGGAUCAUCUACCAGAAUAACAAUCACUGGGUGCUGGGGUAACAGAAAAGGAAAUGUAUUCGAUCAUACAACUGUAGUAGUCACAUUUUCAGACCGUGUAUUUGACAAACUGUUGCCAAUUUCCAGAUUGAAUGGUUUUCCUAAGCAAAGCGAAGCAGAGAUUAAAUGAGAGCAAUUAAGAGCAUCUUCGCUGAACGCGUCUUAUUUUUUGUUUUGACUGCAGCACUUGGGCAACUGUAUUAAUCGUCCUAUAUGAUGAAUGCAACAUUAAAUUGGGACAUUCUGCAUACCGAGGAAUUUUACUUUUAAGUACAUAUUUAUGCUAAUGCCUAUGCAAGACAAAACUUGCAAGAGAAUACGUAUUGCUACUUUUAAUACUAGUUCUCAAUACUGUUUCCGCUACUGCUAA